AUGUCUUGCUUCUUAGACAGCAUUUCCACCAUCAUCAGCGUCUUCCACCAACUCACAGAGGAAGACGGAGGCUGCUCCAACCUCAGCCGCAGGAAGAUGAAGGAGUUCAUCCAAAGGGAGUUUGCAGAUGCCAUAGCAAACCCGCACGACCCCCAGACCAUUGACAAGAUUCUGCAGUUUCUGGAGUGGGAUGGUGACGGAGAAAUAGAUUUCAACGAGUUCCUGCUCUUGGCGUGCAGAGUGGCAAAGGCCUGCUACUGGUACCAGCCAAAGGAACCAUGCCUGCUGCAAAGGACAAAGCUGGCAAGCGGCAGACCACUCCGAGAGCCCGAAAUUCAGAACAGAGGGAGCCAUCGGCAGCUGCAGGAAGAGGAACGACAAACCUGUGAGAGUUACCAUCAUCCUCCCUGUGAGCAGCGAGACAUCAUGGUCCAGGAGCUCGAAACGCAAAGGGAAACAGGGAGUUGUCACCAGCAACGUAAUGAUGCAAAACGAAGCAGGGAACCGGGGGAGCCCAUCCCUCAGGUACACGAAGAACAAAACCAGGAGUCGUGCGAGCAACGUAACAGCCAGAGAAGACGUCAGGCACUGGAGCCAAGCAGGCGAGGAGAUGCACGGGUCUGCAGCCAGCAAACACAUCAGCCCUGGCCGCAGGAGGAAGAAAGGCAACACCAAGAGGGGCCUCAACCAGAACUGGCAGACGUGAGGACUCGCAGCCAGACCUGUGAACCUCAACCACUGCCAAACCGGUGGAGUCGCUGUCAGCCACGUGGGCCAGCACAACCAGCAUCUGAUAAAACACCCCAACAACCACAAGAAGCAGAUAGAAGUCGUCAGCAUCAGCCACGGAAACCUGAAUUAGUCAGGGAAGAGAGAAGCCGCUACGACCUACGUGAGCUGGAACAAAAAGCACUUGAGGAAAGCAGUCAGUGGCCACGCGAGCCUGAAUACCUGGAUUCAAGAUGCCCACAUCAGUCACACCUCCAGGAACCGCUAGACCUUGACCACAGGUACUACGAGACCGGUGAGCAAGAAAGAGAUCUCUAUGAAGGGAACCAGCAGGAACGUGAGACUGAAUUCCCAGAAAAGGAAAGAUAUAUACAGCAGGCUCAGGACAAGGAAGAACGAGAUAAUGUAAGGAAGGAAGAGCCUGUAAGGGAGAGAAGGAUCGAUCACCAACGGGAGCUGGACGUGGAGGUCUAUGAACGCCACAGCCGCCAGACACGGGAGAGACGUGACGGUGAAACAGAUGAGCCAGUAACGUAUGAAAGGAGACGAGAGACAACAGUGGUGGCAGCAGAAGCAGACCUGAAAAUCCAUCGUGUAUCCCGCGAACAGGAGCCCCGUGGGGACAUGGGAA